ACACCCCCUGGGGAGGGGAGUGACCGGGACAUAGCUGGUCCAGCUGGAUAUGCUGCGGGAAGCGGCCAUGGCUCAGUUCCCCUGCUCCAUCCCGGAAAAGGUUUCGUUUUGCUCCAUAUAAGGCGCUGGCGGGUCAGAGUGAGGUAAGCAGCGGCUGCUGUCUAACAAAUCCCUCAUUAACUCCUGUCAGAGAUCUCCAGCUAGAAGCAUAAUAUGGGCAAGUCAGCUUCCAAGGAGUUUUCCCGUGAAGUUUUAAAAACUCACAACGAUUAUAGGAAGAAACACGGUGCUCCGGGACUGAAACUUUGCAGCAAACUCUGUAAAGAUGCACAACAAUACGCCGAGUCUCUGGCCAGCACCCGGGUGCUCAAACACAGCCCGGAAUCCAGCCGGGGACAAUGCGGAGAGAACCUCGCCUGGGCAUCGUAUGACCAACCCGGUAAGGAGGUGUCUGAAAGGUGGUAUGGUGAGAUAAAGAAUUACAAUUUUAACUGUCCUGGAUUUUCCUCAGGUACAGGUCACUUUACAGCAAUGAUCUGGAAAAGCAGCAAGAAGCUGGGCAUUGGGAAGGCGUCGGCUUCCGAUGGCUCCACGUUCGUAGUCGCUAGAUAUUUCCCAGCUGGCAACAUCAUGAACCGGGGCUAUUUUGAGGAAAAUGUUCUGCCUCCAAAGAAGUAAAUUUGUAAAAUUUGAACAGGACUGUAGAUUCCAUCAAUGGUAAAGAAUGAAGGACAUUCACCUGUAUCAUUUAUCGCCCAAUGAUUUGAUCCUGCAACAUCUUCAUCGUACACUUCCUCAUAUAAUGCUUAAAAGGACCUGUUGCUGAUGCAUUGUUGUACCUUAUUUAGAAAUUACAAAACAAAUGAACCAUAUGAAAUGGGGCAAAAUGAGAUACCAGCCUGUUGUAUGUCACUCCCUGCUACUGCACAACUCCCAGCUACCAGUACUUUGGAUAAUAAUAACUUAGAGCAGUGGGUGGCAAUAUAGGGCUGGGAUGAAACAUCAUUUUCAUUGAGUACAUCAUCCUUUUGCAGCCUUACCAAGAUCUCAUGCUAUCAUAACUUGCAGGUUACUUUUAGUAAUUCAGCAAGUCAUUUAUUCUUCCGUUCUUGGUCAGUUUGUAGGCCUUUCACUUGAGUAGCUACUACACACAUACUCACCAUAGCCCUGCAUGUUAUUGGGAAUAUCCAACUAUGGGAAAAGUGUAAGGUAUCGCAGCUUAGACAAACCUUGACCUCAGCUACAUCAGCACAUCUUCACCUCCAUCUGGGAGCAGGGACAGUGAUGAGGAAUAGCUGAUUUCUCUGUGGCAAAAUGCAGCAUCUUUGGUGCAAUCUUUCUCCUGUUCUUUCUGAGAUCAGGUUAUUCCAGAGAGGGUCCUCAACCAGGGAUUGCAGGCUGCAGGUAUUAACUGCCCAAUCUGUUGAUCCAAAAAGGAGCAAGCUUGUAUUUAAUUUUUUUUUUCAAAUCAGAUAUGCCCUCGUUGAUUAUAUGGUGUAAGUUGGCUGAACAGAAUAAUCAGACUGUGUUUUCAGAUUUAAGGUAAAUAUAGUAACAAAUCAACAUUCCCACCUUAUCCGUAGUUUGGUUUGAGAAAAUAUUUUUGAUGUUCAUAUUUUUGCCUGCUGUGUUUCCAGUUGACCACUGAUAUUCUCCAGCGAAGUAAACAUAGAACUAAACUGCUAAGACAUCAGCAACAAUAUACUUCAAGAAUGGUCAGGAAGCAGUGGAAUUAAAGUGAACGGUGACCAUCGUAAAAUUUCCUCAUAAGUUUUCCCAUUACCUACUACGAACGGUCUAAAGAGGGAUUCAAUUAAGUGGCUCCAGUUAAUAAGUAACAAAAAUCACUCAACCAGGAAAUGGAAGUUGGAUAGGUAGAGAUGGGACUUGAAACUCUCCUUAUUUUGGUUGGUUGCACAACAUUUAACAAUCAAUUGCAUGAGAGCCUGGGAAUUUGAUUUCUCAAGACCAAAGCAUGUAUAAAAUAUGAUGGGAUCUUAACCAGUAGGAAAGAAAACAAGUUGGGAAAGAAGCAAUUUACAAAGCUCUCUGAUGUUAGGUUUAGGAUCUUACUGCAAACUUUCGGGGAAGGACACUGAUCAAGGAACAAAAAUUCAUUUCGUAUAUCUUUCAUAAAAUAUUCAAUUAAAACCAUUUCAUGAUGGCUGAGAGGUUUGGUUUUGAUGAGCUAUUCAAGCUGCUUUUCCCACUGGCUGCAAUUGCAUUAGCUCUCAUUCCUUUAAAUGUAGGUUCUCCCAUUUAUGUUUUUAUACCACUUUAGGGUGUUUUCAUUGCAAAGGAAAGAAGUGAUCUUGGUAUAAGUGGUUCUACAUUUUAUUUAACACCAUAACCAUUAACAUUUAUCUUUGUGAAACUUGAACGCUGUACACUUUCUUCUAUAAUGGAACAUAUUAACACUCUGGAGACUAAUUUUACAAAGUGCAUAUUCAAGACUGAGACCAAAAAUUUUUGAUUUCUAAGAAUAGGGCUGGAAAGCAGAGCCACCAUGCUGUCAUUGUAUAGCAGAACAGGCUUGAAGGGUUGAAUGGCCAACUCCUCUUAUAUUCUUAUGACUUGCUUAUAAGCUGAAUAUUUGCUAUCACAGCCUUUCUAUAUUUGAACACUGUGUUACAUUUUCAAAAGAAAAAUCAAGACUUUUUCUGUAUUAAAAAUCUUAUGUCUGCACAUACUUCCUGGAUAAAUAGCGUUACUUCCUGCUAUCAGUUUUGCCCAUCACCAAUUCCCUUGUCCACAUUGACAAUGAUGUGGAGGUGCCGGUGUUGGACUGGGCUGGACAAGGUCAGAAAUCACAUGACACCAGGUUACACUGGUUGGAUAUAACCUGGUGUUGUGUGAUUUCUGAACCACCUCUGCAGUGAUAAUUGCUGAUGGAAACAUGUCUCUGUAGUUAUACAUAUCUUUCAGUUGUGGUGCUAUUGAGUUUGAUUUAUGUUUCUCAGCUCCUCUACCUGCAUAGUAAGGAAACUCUCUCGUAAAAGAUUCCCCAUAGCUCCAUGUUGAAAUCUUAUAAGGGCCUGAAUGACCAGAGCUAUGGCAAGAAAUCUGACAGAGUUGUGCCAGAGUUCCAGCAAGGCCUAUCUUGCCAUUGCUGCAUCUUCUAACUACAUUUGGCGUGUCAUGGUGAGAUUCUCACCAUGCAAUGGCAAGUUACUUAUUAAGGGGGAUUAUUGCUUGUUAACAGCCUUAUUAAUUGUACAUCUCAUUAAUAUACAGCUUCCUAUCCGACUACCCAUUGCGAGCAAACUAGACGCUGAAAAUUCUCAACAUGUGGCUUGCCUUGCUGGUCAGCGGUCUUCAGUCUAGGGGUCAGACAUUUUGCAGCGUGCUACGUCAGUCCCACUGUACCAGCAGUUCAUGCAGCAGACACACAGAAUGUCGUCCAACAGGCAGCCAAUCUUUCAAAGUCUUAGUGGAAUAGUCCUCACUGAAGUCCAUGGAGACACCAGUCAGUCAGGGAGCCUGGCAUUGAACGUGAAGGGGAACCUUUAAUAUCAACCAGGAAAUUGGCCACGGUUAGGCAUCUGGUCAGGAUGUUUGUACUCAGGGGUCCAUGGCUCUGGAAACUGGGGAGUGGGUCAUGGUCAGCCUUGUGGUCCCAUAGUGGUCAGCCCACAGGUGGGGUGAAUACACCCACGGCGUUGUACAGGCAAGAGGCAGGGUUCUGGGCACUUCUCAUCCAGGGUUUACCCGGUUAGAACUCUCAACGGGAUUGGCCGCAGUCAGUCUGUCAGCUUUGUUCAGACAAACUAGGGAAAGCAAGGAGCAUUGCCAUCAGAGGGUGACUCAGGAACCUCUUCCUGCCAGGCUUUGGGUUGGGGGGUGGUCGAUGAAGGUUGGACAGAUGACAGGUGUGAAGGGAGGGGGGAGAUAAUUUUUGUGAAGCAGGUUGGGAAUGGGGCUGUGUGGCAGGGAGGAUUUACUCACAGGUAACACGAUGUAGAGCUGGAUGAACACAGCAGGUCAAGCAGCAUCAGAGGAACAGGAAGGCUGAUGUUUCGGGCCUAGACCUUUCUUCAGAAAUGAGGGAGGGGAAGGGGAUUCUGAAAUAAAUAGGGAGAGAGGGGGCAUGGAUUGAAGAUGGAUAGAGGAGAAGAUAGGUGGAGAGGAGACAGACAGGUCAAAAAGCCGAGGGUGGAGCCAGUAAAGGUGAGCGUAGGUGGGGAGUUAGGGAGGGGAUAUGUCAGUCCGGAGAGGAUGGACAGGUCAAGGGAGCGGGAUGAGGCUAGUAGGUAGGAGAUGGGGUGGUGCUUGAGGUCAGAGGAGGGGAUAGGUGGGAGGAAGGACAGGUUAGGGAGGCGGGCACAAGCUGGGCUGGUUUUGGGAUGCGGUUGGGGGAGGGGAAAUUUUGAAGCUUCUGAAAUCCACAUUGAUACCAUUGGGCUGCAGGGUUCCCAAGCGAAAUAUGAGUUGCUGUUCCUGCAGCCUUUGGGUGGCAUCAUUGUGGAACUGCAGGAGGCCCAGGAUGGCCAUGUCGUCUAAGGAAUGGGAGGGAGAGUUGAAAUUGUUCGCGACUGGGAGGUGCAGUUGUUUAUUGCGAACCGAGCGUAGGUGUUCCUCAAAGCGGUCCCCAAGCCUCUGCUUGGUGUCCCCAAUGUAGAGGAAGCCACACCAGGUACAGCGGAUGCAGUAUACCACAUUGGCAGAUGUGCAGGUGAACAUCUGCUUGAUGUGGAAAGUCUUCUCGGGGCCUGGGAUGGGGAUGAGGGAGGAGGUGUGGGGGCAGGUGUAGCACUUCCUGUGGUUGCAGGGAAAAGUGCCGGGUGGGGUUGGAGGGGAGUGUGGAGCAGAUUUAUCCAGUCAGGAACACCCUGACUUGAAGGGGGAAGAAAGUGAUUGCCUACUCCAGCGUCGUCAGCUCAUGCCAGAGGAAAGGUAGGCAAGACAGGGUCAGGUUCAUGUAGAUGGGUUAGGUGGGGGCGUGGAGAGGUAUGAAUCCUCUGGGGCUUAUAUGAAGAGCUACUCAGAAACUCAAACAAACAGAAUAAUCAUAAAACCGAUAACAUUUAUGCAAAUAUGCCACCAAGGUUUGCUCAAACAGACUUUUUCUUUGCCUUUCACAACAUCUCAGUGCAGUCUCGCGGCCUGCAGCUAGAGGGGAGGGAACCUGUGUGGCAGUGGGAUCUGUUCAUCUUGGUUGCCCCCAGGAGCACGUGUGCCUACCUGGCCCUCACAUGCCAUGCGUUGUCUUGUCAGAGGCAAAGGGGAUGCUCUGUGGUCAGUGAAGCGGGGGCUGGUGCGGCCAGGGAUGUGAGGGACCUGGACACCUCUAACCUGAGUGGGUCUGUGUGUGGUUUCUCCUCCAGCUGGGUAUCCCCUGGCACUGCCCUGUCUCCUUGUGUGUAAGGAGCUCUCAACACCAUAACCACGGCCCCCUCCAUCACCAUGCCUGUUGUCCUGAGAACCAGUGGCUGGGGCAAUGAUGUGUAGGCCUGUGCGUGUAUCUAGCAGCCGGACCCAGCUCUCCAUGGCAACCAGCAACUUGCUCACGAGGCAGCAGUGUCGCUACAAUGUAGUUACAUUUCUGUAACCUCUGGGCAAUGAGGGCCAUCACCUCCUACAUCCCUGUCUGCCACUUCUCUUCCUCUCUCAGCACAUGGACAAAGCCCCAGACUGCCAACGCCACUGGGCCCUCUCCUGCACGGGCCUGAGCAGAUGCCCUGGUAUCGAGCUGCAUCCUGCAUGUCUGCAACUUGGGGCAUGUCUCCCCUCUGUCAGUCCCAGUGGGGUGCUGUCUCGAUUAUGCUCCCGAACUUCCUCAGGCUGACAUUGCUCCUGAGGUGGUGGGAGUGCAGCAGGCAAUCUGGCUGAUGAUUCCUGUGAGGCAGUGGAAUUCUUAGCCUCCAGAGGACCAGAGGAAGCUGUUCCUCCACUGACGUCAUGAUCAACCCAUUGACAACUGCCAGGCAGCAGAGAGAAAGAGAGAGAGGGAUUGCAGCUGACAGCUAGAGGUGUUGUGCAUAGAAUGACGCUGACAGUAGGGUACUCUGAGAGUUGCAGUGGAAUGAAGAGUGACACCUACUCAGUUAAUGGAUACAUGGAUGUCUCAGCACCCCGACAGGAGCAGUCCUGGUCUUUCCCUGCAUGGGUGAGGAGCCUGAUAUCAGGUAUCCCUCCACCUGCACAGGCACGGCCCGCCCUAUUGUGGACUGUCUCCUCCUGGAAUGAGGGAAAGGGAGAGAUUGAGUGAGUCGGAAGUGGAUGGCUCAGUUGUCAGUGCUGGUGGAGGUGCUGUGAAGUUGCUGAUGUGUUCCAAGUGAGUCGGCAGUGCAGAGGGCAGGCAGAGUUCGUGAUGUGGGAUGCUGGGGGGUUGGGAUUUGAGAAUGGGAGCGAGUGGGUGAAAAUGAAGGCAGUAGUGAGAAUGGCAGUGCAUGAACCACAGUGUGAGGUGGGUACAGUAGCUGUGAGAGAGAGAGGGUGUGAGGUACCAGAGAGAGAAGUGUGGCACUUAGCCUGAUGGAGAAGAGGAGGGCGUCAACCUUCUGGCAGCACCUAAUGCCUGAUGUGAUGUAACUGAAGCUCAGAAUUUGCUUUUCAAAUUAAGAUAGCAGGGUGAUUAUUUGAAUUGUACACCAGAAAUUUACUCAUUAACAGAAAACAUCAUACUAAUUACUCAUUAAGCAAAAUGUCCAUCGUACAAGGCAUAACAAUUGAUUCAAGAUAUUUUAUCCUGAGCUCUGACUUUCAGCCUGAAGAAGAAUAAAUUCUAAUUAACAUGAAAUUAUAUUUGCCCAACAAUUAUUUUUGUGCUAAGGCCAAACUUUAAUAUGCGUAAAAAAGACAUACAUGAAAGUCUAGAGAGUUCAUGCUGAUUUCUGUUUCCCUGCUGUGAUAUUCCCUCACUGAAGAGCAAUUAAACUCAAAGACUUACUAAAUAGAACCCUUUAACCCUUUAACAGCUGAACAUUGUUAUGUCUCAGACUAGUGCAGGAGACUAAAUAAUCAAUCAAAAAUUGCAUGUUCUCUUUAAUCUGUCAAUGGCUACAUAGCUUAAGAAGCUCACUCAGGUAAUGUUUGUUCUGUGUAAAGCUAAAAGUGAUCCUUCCUGCUCAACAAUAAGUGAAAUUUGAGCCUCAGUCUGCAGUUUUAAUAAAACCCCCAGGCUGUACAUUGAUUCUGUAGUUAAAUGAUUUAUACAGUGGGUGUGGAUUGAGGAGCAGCCAAAUGGCUCCAGUAUUUACUGCCAGUUCAAGGCUGCAUUAGAUAUUUUACUUUGGAAUUUUUCAGUUGGCUUUUUCUUUGGUCUAUGGAGAUCACACUUAGGUGAUCACUCAGGUGAACAUCUGUCUGAUAUGGAAGGUUUGUUUGGAGCCUGGGAUGGAGGUGAUGGGGGAGGUUGUAGGGGCAGGUGUAGCACUUCCUGUGGUUGCUGGAAAAGGUGCCAGAGCUUGUGAGGAGUGUGGAGCCUUCCACAUCAGACAGAGGUUCACCUGCACAUCCAUCAAUGUGGUCAAUUGUAUCCGCUGCUCCCAAUGUGGCCUCCACUACAUCAGUGAGACCAAGCAGAGGCUUGGAGACUGCUUUGUAGAGCACCUGUGCUCGGUUCACGAUUGACGACAACACCUUCCAGUCGCGAACCAUUUCAACUCCCCCUCCCGCUCCAUGGGUGACAUAUCCAUCCUGGGCCUCCUCCCAGUGUCACAAUGACACCACCCAGAAACUGGAGGAGCAGCACCUCAUAUUCCACCUUGGGAACCAACAGUCCAAUGGUCUCAAUGUGGACUUUCCUGGCUACAAAAUCUCUCCACCUCCAGCCUCAUCCGAUGACCAACCCUCCCUCUCACCCCUGUCUCCUUCACCUGUUCAUCCUCUCUCCCACCUAUCCGUCCCUCCUACCUCACUGACCAAUCCCCACCACUACCUACCUGCACUCACCUAUUAACAUCCCACCUACCUUCCCCAGCCCCACCCCUGCCCUCUAUUUAUUUCAGAGCCUUUACCCCCUCCCCCAUUUCUGAAGAAGGGUCCUGACCCGCAAUGUCUGCUUUCCUGCCCCUCUGCUGCUGCCGGGCCUGCUGUGUUAUCUCUAACUCCAACAUCGGCAGUUCUUACUAUUUCUUUAGCCAAAGAACUGUAGCCCUACUUAUCUAAAAGGCUGUGAACACUGUAAACACCACCUCCUGUGACACAGAGAAAGCACAUUAAUAAAGAGGAAUCUGAUGUCAAUUGCACGAGAGGAAAAGCAGCAGACAUUUUGAAAGAUAAUACAGUCACUUGUGUUGUGUUUUAUGGAUUGGAUCUGUUUACAUUUCCAAUCAAAUUUAUGAUGAACAGCAGUGGAGUGAGUGUAGUGAAGAAGCAGCAGCCAUUGGAGACCUACUGCACAAACACUGCCAGAAAGGGGAAGCUCUGUCUUGUCAGACCUCAGUCUCCAUGGCCCAGCCAAGCCUUCACCUCCCCCUUCACAUCCAGCUUGGCAACAGGGCACAUACACAAGAGCACACUUCCUGCAGCCUAUUGUAACUAGCUGGUUUCAUAGGCCGUGUCUGCACACGUGCAGGAGCCAUUUUAACUUCAUGGAUAACUGCUCUAUAUCUGACACAAAAAACAGAAAAUGUUGGAACAAAACUCCAGCAUGUUAGGGCUCGUUCACUUUCCAAUACUGCUGUUUAACUAGACAUUGUAAUGAAAUUGAAACCUAUAAAUGUAAGUACAGGAAUCAUGGUAUUAACAUAAAAGUGGAAUGUGCUGUUUCAACUUUACACAGCCUUCCAGGCCAACUUUACCUAGAGGGUGCACUAGACUUUGAUUGCCGUCUACAAUCCGCACGAGGACUAGUCAAUAUGACAAAUGUGACAUUUAUGUACAUUUGAUUGUGAAAAUCUCCAGUGUUGUGCAACUGAAGCUCAUAAAUUGCUUUUCCAAUCAAUGUGGCAAGGUGAUUAUUUGAAAUGUACCAGGAAUUUACUCAUUAACAGAAUAUGACUUCAAAAUGCCUUUAGCAUACAGCAUUAAAAAAUCGAUUCAAGAUAUUUUAUCCUGAUGUUCUCCCUUUCAGCCUGAAGAACAAUAAAUUCUAAUUAAUAUGAAAUUAUAUUUGCCCAACAAUUAUUCUUGUGCCAAGGCCAAACUUUAAUAUGUGUAUAAAGUAUUUGUAGAUAAACAUGAAGACAAAGUCUCUUCAUGCUGAUUCCCCUUUCCCUGCUGUGAUAUUCCCUCACUGAAGAGCAAUUAAACUCCGAGACCUACCAAAUAAUACCCUUUGACCCUUUAACAGCUGACUUCUGUUGCGAUCUGUGCCUCAGACUUUAAUCUGUCAAUGGCUGCAUAUCUAAAGAAGCUCACUCAGGUGAAAUAUAUUGCUUUAUCUUGUAAAGCUAAAUAUGAUCCUUCCUGCUCAACAGUAAGAGUAAUUUAAGCCUCAGUCUGCUGUUUGAAUACAACCCCAAGGCUAUGCAUUGAUUCUGCAUUCUACUUUCAUCAUUGGGUGACUGUCUGUGUGGAGUUUGCAAAUUCUCCCGGUGUCUGCGUGGGUUUCCUCCGGGUGCUCCAGUUUCCUCCCACAGUCCAAAGAUGUGCAGGCUAGUGGAUUGGCCAUGCUAAGUUAUACAUGGUGUUCAGGGAUGUGUAGCUAAGGUGGGUUAUAGUGGGGUGGGAUGCUCCAGGUGUCAAUGUGAACUUGUUGGGCCAAAGGGCUUGUUUCCACACUGAAGGGAUUCUAUGAUCUCUGAUUUAUAAUUUAUACAGUGCAUGUGGACUCACCAGUUCAAGCCAGUAAUAGAUACUCUGAUUUGGAAUUUUUCAUUGACUAUUUAGUCUCCCAAUGCAAUACAAAUUACACAUUUCUUGACAUUAUGAGGUUUUAAUGCUUUGAAUUGCUUUUUGCCUCCUCUUUCCAUGUGAUUUUAUGUAGAGGUUCUGUUCAAUGCAGCAUUAAAGAAAUCUGUUUCUAAAGUUUA